UCGACAAACAGAGACAGCCCAAAAUCAAUGGCCGCCGAAUGCAUUCGCGUCGUCGUACUGCUGGCACUGCUGGCCAUCUCCGCUUCUUCUCCAUCUCCGGCCAACGCCAACGGCAGUGACACGGACCUCGCGGCGCUGCUGGCCUUCAAAGCCAGCUCUCCGACCCUCUGGGCGUCCUCGCCAGGACAUGGACGUCAAACGUGUCCUUCUGCCGCUGGGCUGGCGUCGCUUGCAGCCGCCGCCAGCCGCGGGUCACUGCUCUGUCCCUGCCUGACAUGGCCCUCCAUGGGUCAAUUGCUCCUCACCUCGGUAACCUCUCUUUCCUCUCUGUCCUCAAUCUCACCAAUACCAACCUCACCGGCUCCAUCCCAGCCGACCUUGGCGGGCUACGUCGCCUUAGGUACCUCAUUCUCAGUCGGAAUAGCCUAUCAAAUACCAUUCCUCCCGCCCUAGGGAACCUCUCGAGGCUCGUGUCUCUUGAUCUAGGUCACAACCAACUCUCCGGCCAGAUCCCUCCCGAGCUCCUGCUGCGUUUGCACAACCUUGGGAAAAUUGUUCUAACCCGAAAUAACUUGAGAGGUCAAAUACCAUCCCAUCUAUUCAAUAACACGCCUUCCUUGACAUAUAUCGACUUCGGAAACAAUAGCCUAUCAGGUCCUGUGCCGACUGGUCUUGCCUCCCUGACCAUGCUUGAGGUCUUGAGCCUGCAAUUAAAUCAGCUUUCUGGUCCAUUGCAUCAAGCCAUGUACAAUAAAUCCAGGCUGCAAGUCAUGGCACUAGUAGCCAACAACAACCUAACUGGGCCGAUUCCAGAUAAUCAAAGUUUCAGCCUCCCAAUGUUGCGUUACUUUGGCCUCGCACAAAACAACUUUGUUGGUCAGUUUCCACCAGGACUUGCAUCAUGCCAGUACCUGCAAAAAUUAUCUUUGUCUGUCAAUUCUUUUGUGGAUGUUGUACCAACAUGGUUAACUAAAUUGACGCAGCUUGAAGCUCUUUCCUUGGGUGAUAACGACCUUUCUGGCUUGAUCCCAGCUACUCUCAGCAAUCUUAGCAAUCUUAAUUACCUGGACCUCUCUCGCGGUAAUUUGGAAGGAGAAAUUCCACCUGAAGUAGGUCUAAUGCAGGAACUCUCGUAUCUGCAUCUUGAAGCCAAUAACUUAACAGGCAAAAUUCCAGAUUCCCUUGGCAAUUUAACCAAAUUAUCUUUCCUAGUAUUGGCCACAAAUCAAUUAUCCGGCCCUGUACCAACAACACUUGGAAACAUUGCAUCUCUGGGCAUUCUUUCUCUGUUAGGGAACAAUUUAGAGGGCAAUAUUGACUUCUUGUCAGCUCUUUCCAAUUGCGUGCAGCUCCAAGACCUUGCUAUAUCAAGCAAUUUUUUUGUGGGCACCAUCCCUGACCAUGUGGGAAACCUCUCCGCAGGAUUACAAAUUUUCCUUGCAGAUCACAACAAGUUAACUGGAGGUAUUCCAGCUGCCUUCUCAAACUUAAGCAGCCUUGCCAUGAUAGAUCUUUCUAAAAACCUAUUAACCGACGCAAUUCCAGAAUCUAUCACUAUGAUGGAAAAUCUCGCGCAUCUUGAUGUCUCUAGCAAUGACAUGUUAGGCCCUAUCCCAACACAAAUUGGCAUGCUCAGGAGUUUGGAAAGGUUGUAUCUCCAAAGAAACAAAUUGUUUGCCUCUAUACCAACCGGUAUUGUUAAUCUAAGCAGGUUAGAAUACAUCUCGUUAUCCAAUAACCAGUUAAGUUCUCUGCUACCUGCAAACUUAUUCCAGCUUCCUAAACUCAUUGCACUAGAUUUUUCUCACAAUUCCUUCGCUGGUGUAGUACCAUCCGCUGUUGAUCAGCUAAGUCAAGUGGUUGGAAUGGACUUGUCUUUCAACAUUUUGACAGGAGUCAUUCCAGAUUCUUUUGCAAGACUUAAGAUGCUAUCGAACCUCAAUCUAUCACACAAUGAAUUUGAAGGCGCAAUCCCAUACACGUUGGAGCAUCUAGUGAGCUUAGCAACAUUGGACCUCUCCUCCAACAAUCUCUCUGGUACCAUUCCCAUGUUUCUCGCCAACUUUUCCUACUUGACUACCUUGAACCUGUCCUUCAACAAACUAGAAGGCCAGAUACCAGGUGGAGGUGUUUUCUCAAACCUCACAUUGCAAAGUUUGACUGGGAAUGCUGGGCUAUGUGGUUCUCCAAGCCUUGGAUUUUCUCCUUGUCUUGAGAAGCAUCCCUCUGUUAAUAGAAAUUUUCUAAAAAUUCUACUCCCUGCCAUCGGUGUAGCAUUUGGAGCUCUUGGUAUUUUCUUAUAUGUUUCUAUGAGAAGGAGACAUAAAAGAAAGGGUGAGGUUAAAGCUUCAACCGAUCCAUCUGACAUAAUAUGCCACCAGUUAGUUUCCCAUCAUGAGCUCAGUCGUGCCACCAACAACUUCAGCGACAAUAAUUUGUUAGGGUCUGGCAGCUUCGGGAAAGUAUUCAAGGGCCAGCUCAGCAGCGGCCUAGUGGUUGCAGUAAAAGUGCUAGACAUGCAUCAGGAACAAGCGAUUAGAAGUUUUGAUGCUGAGUGUCGAGUGCUGCGCAUGGCGCGGCACCGCAACCUAAUAAAGAUACUCAACACCUGUUCUAACCUAGAUUGGAGAGCAUUAGUGCUUGAGUACAUGCCGAAUGGAUGCUUAGAGGCACUCCUACACCACUCUCAAGGCAUAAGGCACUUCGGGUUCCUUGAGAGGUUGGGUGUCAUGCUCGAUGUGUCCAUGGCAAUGGAAUACUUACACCAUGAGCAUUAUGAUGUAGUCUUGCACUGCGACUUGAAGCCUAGCAAUGUUCUGUUCAAUGAGGACAUGACGGCUCAUGUGGCAGACUUUGGCAUUGCAAGGUUACUACUAGGUGAUGAGGGAUCCAUGAUCUGUGCAAGCAUGCCUGGAACAGUUGGGUUCAUGGCACCAGAGUAUGGAUCUUAUGGGAGAGCAUCGCGGAAGAGUGAUGUGUUCAGCUACGGGAUCAUGCUUCUUGAAGUGUUCACUAGACGGAGACCCACGGAUGCUAUGUUUGUCGGAGAAUUGAGCCUUCGGCAAUGGGUUCAUCAGGCGUUCCCUGUAAAUCUUGUCCAUAUCGUUGAUGGUCAGCUGCUACAAUCCUCCUCCUCCACUUCAAGCUGCAGCUUGGAUGGUCGCUUUCUUGUGCCUUUAUUCGAGAUAGGCUUGCUCUGCUCUACCAGCUCGCCUGACCAAAGAAUGACUAUGGGCGAUGUGGUAGUGAGGCUAAAGAAGAUAAAAAAGGAGUAUAUUGAAUGGACACGAGAGAUGGGGAGGGUGGCACGGUGAUUGUUCGUAUGGAUAUGUUGGCUCUGUCAAAUAUAUUUGUACGCAGGGGGUUGCGUGCACUUUGAGUUGUAAUUGGUGUGGAUAGAUACGAGUCGUGUAGGAGUCGGACAUGUUAUAUCCUAUGCCUCCUAUAUAUUGAGGGGGCACCGCAUGUUGUAACCCAUGAUGACUUGAUAGCAAUAGGUACGCCUAGGAGCUGGCGGCUUGUGCCGGCCCCUGGGCGGCCGGUGUUAUGGUAUUUUGGGGAGGAGCGCCCGUAGUCAUUGCCCCGGGGAUGUAGCCAUAUUGAUGAACCUCGUUAACAAAUAUCAUGCCUCGGUGUGUCGCCUAUGAUCUUGCUAGUGUUUUAUUAUAACAAGUGGUAUCACGAGCAAGCUUGCGAGAAGGCUAUGCGAAGAUCAACAUGAGGUGUAAGGAUCAUGCUUGACGGGUGCCAGGGAAGUGCGAUUGGCAGAAGGUGAAGUAUGGCGGUGAUCGCGGAUGCGGUCGGUAGUGUCAGACACUUCAGGCAGGAGUCCUGAACCGUUUGAUGGGCUGCAGUCGGUAAGGAAAGGCUAGGUGUGGCGAUCAGACUGGCGUAGUGAUUGUUGAAGCCAUGGCGAUCAGACCGGGAGAUUA